AUGAAGAGCGAAGACACGUUGUUCAACCCUGAUCAGAUCCACUUACUGAGUCAUGCAAUUCGUCCUACGGUGAGAGUGGACUUUGAACGGGGCACCAUGUACGGGGACGCUAAGAAGGCUCGUGACGAAGCGGAACGAGUUCGCGUGGCCCAAAAGGUCUUGAUGCAGUUGGCCGAGGCUGGCAAGCUGACUGAGGGUGAGUCAAUAACUCCGUUGAAGAGGCCGAUGACGAGCAUGAGCGAGUUGCGCGAGGCGCUGUUUAAAACCUACAAGGCGCUUGAGCCCUCUGGUGACUACAAGUCGUUCUUCUGGAAGGGCAUCUGUCGUCCGAUAUUGGGGAUAAGCUGGGAGGACAAGGUAGCAGUCAAGAAAUAUAGUGGCAAUGGCGGUCGGAAUUUCGUGUGCGAGCGGUGCAAACCCGGUGAAGUGAUUAGCCUGCCGGUGCCGAGCAAGGUGACCGCGAACGUGCUGAGUCGACAUCCUAACAUGAAGGACUUCAUUCCUGACGAUCACCUCCUGCCACUUAAGGACUGGGUCGUGCCCGGGCCGGACGGCAAGGUCUACACACCUGGCGAUCAGUGGCCGCCGCAGGAGACCGUGAAGGGCACCUGGAAGAAGGUCAGCGAGAUGAGCGUGGAGGAACUGAGCUGCAAAGCCCGACGGGAGGGUCUCGACAUAACAAAUAUCCGCUGGGACCCCGCCAACCUCCUUAACAGGCGACUGAACUGCUUCUCGCCGUCCGAUGUCGCGGCCGGCAACUUGAUGGGGGACGAGAUGGAUAGACACAUCUCGCGCUGGCGCGUCGUCAACCUCGCCGACCUCAUCAAGUCCUACCGACUCUCGCCUGAUAUAGUCCGCCACCUUGAGGACGAUGCCAACAUGAUUACAGAUGCAUGCGAUAAGUUUGGUCCUCGGCUCAGAUACGAUCACUACAUCGGCAACUACGCACAAGCCUACGUCCUACUACAGUUCACCGAAAGAGGUGAAAGAUCCAGACUGCGGCUUGUUACCAUCCCUUGGUGCCUAGCAAACGGAGUUGAGUUGCGUACACUCGGCGCAGGAGUGGCCUUCUGGGACCAAGUGCGAGCCGACGCAGGCUGUGACGACGUAAUCGACUACCUCGACUACUCCGCAGUCAAGGACGGAGUGGGUAACUCCAGUAAGUGA